CAGCCCCCGGUGCCAGUCGGUGCUUGGCUCUCACUCAACCCCCACCUGCAGAGGCCGAGACUCCUUGCCCGGGUUCCUUCCUGUGUCCGCCAUGCGUCUCGUGGUCUGCCUGGUCUUCCUGGCCUCCUUCGCCCUGGUCUGCCAAGCCCAAGGGUACAAGGGCGGUUAUACACGCCCGUUCCCCAGACCGCUCUAUGGAGGACCAUUGACACCCAUUAGGCCUGACACUCGGCUCAUCAAACCAGGGCCUCUUUGCAACAUUUGCCACAACGUCCCCAUCGCAACGAUUGAAUAUUGCUGCCGUCGGUACGGUCGCUGUUGCCAUGAACUGAAAAGAUAAACUGGCAGAUGAUAUUGAAACUCCGGCUCUGAAAUGACAAUAUCUCUCUAUACAUCUGUCUGUCUCUUUAUUUGUAUUUUCUUACUUUUGGCAAUGGAAAUGACGUAUGGA